CUACGGCUCUUGGCAGAGAAGACAGACACGAGGAUGUGAUUUCCACUCAUGCGUGUGUUUUACUGGAUAAAGUUACCAGUCUUACACCCACUUACUUAAAAGUAGAGUACUGUGUAACAGUGCACCGUACGGGUGUUUAACUGCAGUUUUAAUUCUGAUUGUUUGAUGUAUGAGUCGUGGAAGUCCCGAUGCUUAACAUAUUACUUGGCUAUCGCAAGGUGCAUGUGAGAGACCUGGUCAAUGUGUCAUCCUUUGUUUCCAUUUGAAGAAUUGUGAGUGAAAAGCUUAAGUUUUAAACUGAAUACUUCUUACUGUCAGAGAUCUUUUUUUUUUUUUUUUUUAACCUGAUAUCGUAAACUAACUGACUGAACUAAUCAUGAGCGAUGAAGAGUAUGAGUUCCCCGAGGAUGGAAGUGAGUUCCAGCAUCUUGUCCAUGGAAAUGAAGAUGGAGAAGAAGAAGAUGCUUCAUCUGACCAACCAAGGACUACUUUACCUUGCAUGGUUCCAACACGCAAGACUCUUUGUGCCCUCUGUUGUAGUCUUGCACUUCUUCUUUUUGUGGCUGCCUGUCUAGCAUAUCUCUCAGGACCCUCUGCUGAUAUUCUGGUUGAUGUUACAAUUGGCUGUGGUGUGGUACGGGGUUAUCAUAGCAACGCUGGCUUUACAUUCAAAGGGAUUCCCUAUGCUGUGCCUCCACUUAAAAACUUGAGGUGGCGGCCUCCUGUUCCCCUCAAUAGCACUGAAUUUUGCUGGAAAGGCAUCUAUAGUGCCACCCAGUUCAGAAAUUCUUGUGCUCAAGUACAGCCGAUGAAGAAGGAAGGAACAUUUAUGGGAGAUGAAGAUUGUCUUUACUUGAAUGUGUGGACACCAGUUCUGAAUGAAGAAGCAAAGUUACCUGUGAUGGUCUGGAUACAUGGGGGUUACUUGCACAUGCUUAAUGGCUCUGUACCUGGUUAUAUGCCAAGUGUGGAACUUGCAGUGGAGACUGGGGUUGUAUUUGUCAGCUUUAACUAUCGGCUCAAUGCGCUUGGGUUCCUGGCAUUAGAAAUCUUGAGGGAAGGAUCUGCAACCAAUACAUCAGGGAACUAUGGUUUCUUAGACCAGAUUACAGCAUUACAGUGGGUACAGAAAAACAUUAGAGCCUUUGGUGGAGAUCCAGCCAAUGUCACCAUAUUUGGACAGAGUUCAGGUGGCACAUCUGUAUGGACACUAAUGAUGUCCCCUUUAGCCAAGGGUCUUUUUCACAAAGCAAUUGACAUCAGUGGUUCAUACAUUUAUAAUAAAUCAUUAAAGGAGGCUGAAAAAGACAACCUAAUCUUCUUGGAGACAACAAAUUGUUGGGAUGUUCAGUGCUUGCGUUCCCUCUCUGCAGAGGAAAUUGUGAAGGCUGUUCCUUGGUUUGAAUACCCUUUCUGGGCUGCAGAGGAUCUUACUGACUUACCCAUAAAGGGACGUUUUGAUGGGGCAGUUGCAGUAGUGGAUGGUUAUGUUCUUCCAGCUGCACCCUUCCAGAUGUGGGAGCAAAAUUUUUCUGAAUAUAAUGAUGUCCCAUUCGUAAUUGGAACAACCAGACAGGAGUCAGAUUUCAGCCCAGCAUUUAACAACAUCUCCAUUUGGACUUGGGACGAUUACCAAUGGUUUGUUACAGACAAGCUGAAGCCUUUUGGAAACAAUAUCUCUGAAACAGCACUUUCCCUGUAUCAGGAAUUCAAACAGUGCCAGGUUCCUAAACGAUGUCCGGAGAAAACUUACACCACCAUGGUAACGGAUGUGAGGAUCACUUGUCCAAGUAAUGACCUUGCCAGGCGAGCUGCAAGAGCCUUGAAGAGUCCGGUGUACCGCUAUAUAGUCACUUACAUUCCAUCUACUGAAGCUCGUGUGUUUGACUUUAUUCCAUUCGCUGGUCGCUUUUCAUACCAUACUCUGGAUACCACUGGCUUCUUUAAGACUUUUGAUAUUAUGCAAAAAGCCACUACUGCCAUUGACAGACAGUUCCAGCGGCUCAUGCAGAAGUACUUUAUCCACUUUGUCAAAACAGGUAAAAUGCCUCCAGAGUGGCAGACAUACCCAAAGCACAUAGCUUUGUUGUCAAACACAUUCAACGCAACAACGGAUGAUUUUCCUAAACAGUGCAGCUUUUGGGAAAAAAAUGGCUUUUAUUCCUAUGCAUGGAUAAACUGAUCUUGUCCAAGGAGUUGUAACUCGACUUAAUGAGCCUUAUUUAAAUUAA